AUGUCGCAGCCAUCCAAUGCUGAGUUCCUGUACUCUCCCGUGGAGGGCGAGAGCAUGAAGCGGCUGUCGGCCGCCACUUCGGCCCAAAGGAACGCCAGGGCGACCACUCAGCACCCUGCUCCCCCGGUGACUCCGAACGGUUCGGCGGCCUCUCCGCACUCCAACCCGCUGCCUUUGGCAGACGCUAAGCGGCCAGACGAGUCGCAGCCAGCGGCUGCCACCUCCGAAGCCCAUUCUCAGUGCGCCGCUGCCUCUCUCAGAGAAUCCGCCUACGACAUUGACGCUCGAGAGGAGCUGCCUGCCUUCGGCUACCGCGGCGACACGUCGACAAGUCUGAGGAAGAAGUCCCACGGUAAUGCGGCGCGCGAGUACCCGGGGGAGGGGACAGGGGACUGGGUACUGAACCCGUUGUAUCGCGAGGGCGGCAGCGACAGCGGCAGCAGUGGUGUUAGCGGCAAGGUGACGGAUGGGGCGGCUAUUGACGGUGUUAUCACGGCUGACGACGGGCCGACCACGUCGCUGUCCGCCACCGAGUGCGUGAAGGAGAACGGCAAGCCUCUCUUCUCCCUCUCACGCAUCCCCGCUCCCACGACGGCGGAGGAGUACUGCGCGCGCGUAGCCGAGAUCGAUCACGUGCGCUGCGGCCUCGGCCAGGAACUUGAGGGCGACGCGAAGGACAUCUACGGCCCCACGUGGCCCUUCUCGCGCCGCAUGAUUGCCUCGAGGGUGUUCGGCACGAAGGAGUGCCCGGCGCCGAACUGCGACAAGAAGACAAACAUCCAAGCUGUGACCGGUCCGCGGGCUUGGGCGCUUCUCUUCAUCUACGGCAUCCUCAUUGUUUACCCAGUUUUCACGACCGUCGCCUACGCUGGCGAGAGCGGAUGGCAGUGCAUCGUCGUUCUGUGGCUGCUCUCCGGCCUCACCAUCGUCUGUGUGACGCUCUGCGCCUUCACAAACCCUGGCAUUGUGCCGCGCCGUCGCCUGAAGAAUGUCACGGACCGCGGCGACAUUUUCAUUGUACGCAUCCCGGCGCCGAAUGCGCAGGCGGUGCUCGAUAAGCUUCAAGCGCUGCCCGAGACAAUAGGGCAGCCUCCAGCAGUGAAGUGCGGCAGUGGUGGCAGUGGAGCAGCUGUCACCGCCUCCGCCUACACCGCCGAGGCCCUCCGCAGCGCUGUCGCGGACGGCGACCUCCCCGCCAGCGUUUUCAACCACAGGCGAUCAACCAUGUACUCGAUGGAGCGGUACUUUGAGACGGAUAAAGGCCGCAUAGUGCUGUAUAACCCACGCCUGAGCGAGUCCGACUUGGCCGUGCCCACGCUGGAGUUCCCGAUCCUUUUCUGCAGAACCUGCCAGAUCGCCAAGGGACCGCGCACGCGCCACUGCAAGGUGUGCGACAACUGUGUCGAUGAGAUGGACCACCACUGUCCGUGGACGAACUGCUGCAUCGGCCGGAACAACUACCCGUACUUCUUCGGCUCGCUCUUCUUCCUGCAUUUCAUGGUCCUCUACGCCAUCCUCUACAACUUUGCCCAGGGCAUCCGCCUCAGCUACCUGCACCCGACGUGGGACGUGCAGCGUUUCCUGCGCUACGUGUACGGUAUGCCGAUAAUCGUGUACAUCAGCUUCUUCGUUCUCGGCCUCUUUUUCUUUCCGCUCAUGCUGGGCCACGUGUACAUGAUGUGCCGGGGCCUGACGACUGCCGAGAUGCUCAAGCAAAAGUGGAAGAAGUCCGUGUACUUUGGUGGCAUCAAUCCCUGGUCACAGAAGCACUGGUACCAGAACAUCUACGCCCGUCUGUUUCAGCGCUGGCCGGCGGCGCAGGAGGACCCGCUGCGUUGGCUGAACUCGCGCUACUACUACGGCGUCACCGUCGCCGCGGCGGUGGAGGAUCAGAAGGUAGACUGGCUUCUCGGUCUGCCACCGAAAGAGCGGAAGAAGGUGGAGGAACACGACGCUGCUGCACGGGAGGCUGGCACGAAGAUACGUGAGGAGCAGGAAGCGGAGAUUGUGCGGGCAGCCAUGGAGAAGCGCGGCUUCCACGUUGUGUGA